UCCUUAUGGUUUUCGUAAUCAGUAUAUAAUACAUAUAACACACAAAAUGUGUGUUGACUUACUGUUUAUGUUAUUGAUAGGGCUUCCAUUCAACAGUAGGCUAUUUGUAGUUAACUUUUGGGGGAGUCAAAAUGUAUGUGAUUUUCAACUGUGUUGCGGUCAGCGCCCCUAACCCAUGCGUUAUUCAAGGGUCAACUAUAUUUCUCUUUCCUUAGUUUCUACUUCCAUCCCUUCCUCCAACACACACACACACACACACACACAACCCCUUCAAAGGGAGAAAAUGGACAGUUUGCUCUACAGAAACAUACAGAUUGGGAACAAGGGUCCUGGGGUGUCCACUUACCUCAUUCCUGUAUGUUGGGUAAGAGUUGUCUGUCGUUCCUCCUACCCUCAAAUCAGGCACUAUUACUGACAAAAUACCUGUCUUUACUUCUGGUAAAGGAAAUGCUGUUGAUGCUGCCAUGGCAUCAUGUGUGAAAGUAUUUUCUAUUUAACACUUUCAGAAAUCACUACUUAGCAUCUAGAAAAAAAGUUUCUCCCUCUUAAUGAUCAGAGCUUAGCCAUUGUUUACUAUAUUUAAAGCCAACUUACUAUUUAAAUUUCUUAGCCUACAGAAAUAAAACAUUUUGUCAGUUCUGAGUUGUUUGGAAAAUUUUAGUAAUACAGUGUCUGCAUUUUGCCCAUAAGAUAUUUGAUGCAAAUUUCCAUUUAUAGUGACAGUAAUGAUUCUGCUGAUUUUAUUUAUUUUAUACUUUCCACUCUUUGAGGGAAACGAGGUCUAGCAAUUCCUCUUAGAAACGACUUGCUAGAAGGGUUGGUGAGUCUUCGCAAGUCCGUUUCACUACAGAGUUGGUAGAGUUUGUUUCUCUUGCAGUUUCCAGUUGUAAGAGCCAAGACACAGCCUAUAAUCUAAAUACUGAGCUGAGCAACUGAUCUCAUCAGAUAUGUUUUAAGAAGAAUAAAGAUUAAGUAAAUCUCAGUUUUUAUGAGAGGGGGCCGUAUUUAAAAAUCAGUGUGAUGCCUCACACUGAAAUGAGUCCACCGUGGUUCCCUAGAGGGCCAAUGAAUUCAGCUCAUGAAUUAGAUUUAUUCCUUAAGCAAAUAAGCCUAUUUUAGAACUGUAAGCCUGUUAUUCUUGAGAAUGGAUCCUACAAUUUGACUCAUUUAUUUUUGUUUGAGGCUUUGUUUAGUGGCUCCUAAUGACAGAUUCAAGUACAAAAUACUUGAUGUAGGAGAAACAGAAAGCUCCUCAGGGCUAAGGAGGUGAAGCUAGAAGAAUGAAUUGGGCAAAGGAAAUGGAGCAAUCUGGAAAACACAGCCUGGCAAUGGGGAGAGCAAACUGCAAACAGAAUUCUUCUGUAGGGCUGGGAGCUGGCACCUGUGAGGCCCGUUGCCUGGGCCACACUAAGCUACUAACACACUCCCUGAGAGGUUUGGCUGGCUUGAAAAUGUGCAAGCUGGCCACAAUGCCCACUGCUCAAGAGCCCCUGCAGUAGCAGAAGCAGCCACAUCCAAGCCACAGGUUCCAGGGGCCGGGCUGACUUUGGGCACAGUUGGCCUCAGGAGUCUCUCCAGCCUUCCUCACAGAGUGACUGACACUUUCCUGGGAAACAGACGAACAGCAGAUCUUAGCUCCCAAGCACAAACUCAGGUUUUGAAGAUGACACGCAACACGCCUUUUUCUCUAGACUUGCGCGUGGAAAAAGCAUGACCCAACUUUGAGGUUUGAGUCUGCUUCCCCAAGGUCAAGAAAUCAUCUUCUUAGCCGGCAACAGUACUAUGCAUGUUAUGAAUUGUGUCUCCUCGGUCAGUGAUAAAGAAAAUGGGACUCUGGCCACGGCAGCUGGAUUCAUGAUUGGGCAAACGCCACCCCCACCUCCUCCUCCACCCCCUCCACCUCCUCCAUGUCCUUAUGCUGGGGAAGGGUUUCCUCCCUCUCCUCCUCCCCCACCACCUCCCCUGCCCGAGGGGCCUCUGGUCCCACCUCCCCCUCCGGAACUGCCCUCAACUUCUCACGUGAACGGCUACAGCCAUGUUGGUCAGAAAAAGCGAAUGAGAAGCUUUUUUUGGAAAACCAUUCCAGAGGAGCAAGUUCGCGGCAAAACCAACAUCUGGACCUUGGCAGCCAGGCAGCAGCAUCGCUAUCAGAUCGACACAAAGACCAUUGAGGAGCUCUUUGGGCAGCAAGAAGAUACCACCAAGCCUUCCCUUUCCAGGAGAGGAGGAACUUUCAAUUCGUCCUUCAGGGAAGCUAGAGAGGAGAUCACUGUCUUGGAUGCAAAACGGAGCAUGAACAUUGGGAUAUUUCUUAAGCAAUUUAAGAAGUCUCCUCAGUCCAUUGUAGAAGAUAUUCAUCAAGGAAAGACUGAGCAUUACGGAUCAGAGACAUUGAGAGAAUUCCUUAAGCUUUUGCCAGAGUCAGAGGAGAUAAAGAAAUUAAAAACAUUUAGUGGAGAUGUGUCCAAGCUGUCUCUGGCGGAAUCCUUUCUGCACUACUUAAUUCAGGUGCCAAACUAUUCUCUUCGGAUUGAAGCCAUGGUGCUAAAGAAGGAGUUUUUACCUUCUUGUUCUUCUCUGUACACAGACAUAACAAUUCUGAGAACUGCAACAAAAGAGCUGAUGUCAUGUGAGGAGCUACAUUCAAUUUUACACUUGGUGCUACAGGCGGGAAAUAUCAUGAAUGCAGGAAGAUAUGCUGGUAAUGCAGUAGGAUUUAAACUGUCUUCGUUGCUCAAAUUGGCAGACACAAAAGCAAACAAACCUGGGAUGAACCUUCUGCACUUUGUUGCACAGGAAGCCCAAAAGAAAGAUGACACUCUUCUAAACUUUUCUGAAAAAUUGCAUUAUGUUCAGGAGGCUGCUAGAUUAUCUCUGGAUAACACGGAGGCAGAACUGCACUCGCUCUUUGUCAGGACAAGAUCUCUAAAGGAAAACAUCCAGAGGGAUGGUGAACUUUGUCAGCAGAUGGAAGAUUUCCUUCAGUUUUCUGUGGAAAAGCUGACAGAACUGGAGCACUGGAAACAAGAGCUCCAAGAGGAGGCCCACACCCUUAUAGAUUUCUUCUGUGAAGACAAAGAAACCAUGAAACUGGACGAAUGCCUUCAGAUAUUUAGAGACUUUUGUAUCAGAUUCAACAAAGCAGUUAAGGACAAUCAUGACCGGGAGGCGCAGGAGCUGAGGCGGCUGCAGAAGCUAAAGGAGAUGGAGCAGAAGCGUCGCUCCUGGGCAGCUGGGGAGCUUGUGGGAUUUGGCCGGAGCAGCAGUGAGAACGAUGUGGAGUUGCUGACCAAGAAGGGUGCGGAGGACCUGCCCCCUUUCCUGCGCCGCAGGCCUAUCAGCCCCUCCUACCGACCCGCCAACGCCCGCCGCUCUCGCCUCUCCUUGGGCGCUGCCACUGACCGAGAGCUGCUGACUUUCCUGGAGAGCUCCACCGGCAGCCCGGAGGAGCACAAGUUCAACAGCUUGCCCCGGAGCAGCCCCAGGCAGGCUCGGGCCGCAGUGGCCUGGAUAGAGCCUGGAGAGACAAGUGACCAGGACUCCAACCGCACACACAGACCUCAGGCCUCGGAGGGCCAGGAGGGAACCCCCGACACAUCCUCAGCUUGGCGCGGCCAGCUCCAAGUCCCCCAGCCUGAGGAACCUGCACCGGUUUUGCUCCGAGCUCGGCGCAGUGGACUCAGCAUGCUCCAGAAGAGGAACAGCGAGCCUGUGAGCCUGGGGCCCACCUGGUCGCCUCCACUCUCACCAUUGACUCUGGGGAUUGAGGAGCACGAGCUGGUCACUGGGCUGGCCCAGUUUGACCUCCAGGGUCCCAAGGGCCCACAGGAGACACCCCGGCUGAUCCUGAAUGACUUCAUCCCAGUAGAGCUGGCAUUUCCAGGAGAUGGGAGCCUGCAGCCCCCUGGCGCUGACCCUGACGAUGGCAGCCUGGCGCCUGUGGUUAGAGGUGCCCAGGGGAGUCUCAGCCCAGCCCCGGAGGGUGACGGGGCUGCCCCUGAUGAGCCCAGCAGCGAACCUGAGAACAAAGAUCCUGAGCCUCUGCUCUACGUCUCAGACACCACUGACUGCUCGCUGACCUUGGACUGCUCAGAGGGAAGUGACUCCAGGCCUGGCGGUGGGGAGCCUGGGGAGAGCGGUGACGGGGAUGGCUCUGUGUCCUCUGGGGCAGGGGAGACCGGUGGCAGCCAAGUGUCCUCUAACCCUGUAUCCAGCCCCGCUGCAGAGGUCUCUGCUCCCGCCUCUGAGAACAGUGAGCCCGGCUGCACGGGUGGCCUUUCCGAGGAUAGACCCGCCAAAGAGAAGGAUGUGAUAGCACCAAAGAGAAACUCCCUCAAAGAGGCAUCCCAGGUGGCCUCCAACACGGGGACCGUCCCACGGAGCCAGGGGGCGGUGCCCAAGCCGGUGCGGACCUUGACGUCCUCCGAGAGUGAGAGCAUGCGCAAAGUGGUGCCCAUCUCCAGGGCCAGCAGGGGCUCCACCGGCUCUAAGCAGUCCCCUCGGGAACCCCCCAGCAGCACAGAUGCACCGUGGUCACGCCCGCGCCAGGGCUCUGUGAAGGGCACCUCGGACACAUCACCCAAGAGGUCCUCAAAGGGGGCAGGGGCGGUAGCUGCGGUGACAGAGGAGCAGAGGCCGCGAGGAAGGGCCGGCUCCAGCAGCACACGGCCAGGGAAGGAGCCCCCACUGCAGCACAAGGGCUCCGUCAAGAAGCCCAGCGCCAAGCCCCUCCGGAACGUCCCCAGACAGAAACCGGAGGAAAAUAAGAUCUGCCGCUCCAACUCCCAGGGCCCCCAAAGCCCCGAAGAAGAGCCUAAGCCCCCGCCGACCCCCAGUGCCCCCCGUGCCCCACCCCAAGUCCCGAGCUUUGCCCGAAACACAGUGGCCUCUUCAUCUCGGUGCAUGAAAACAGAUUCCUCUCCUGUGGCCAAACCUCCCGGCCUCAUUCGGACAGUCUCCCAUCGGCAACUGAGGGUGAAGAGUGGCCCUGAGGAUGCUGUCCCCAAGGAGGGCACCCUAAGGCGGGCUGUCAGCGCCCGGGCCCCAAAAAAGUGUCCAGAGUCUGCUGAGGGUCCCAUUGCCAACACAGAGUCCUCUCUGAAGGGCAGAGGGACUGGGGAAAGGGCCUCCCUCAGACUGAAAGAGUCCAGUCGGACCACGCUGGGGAAAAUCCUUAAUCCCUUACGGAAGUGAUGGUGCCUGUCCACUUUCACCUCCUGGGGUUGUGAUGAGGACUGACCUGUGAAAGGCCAACACCAAAAGUCUUUGUUCCACAUCAAGCUCAUGUCAUUGAAGGUACAAUCGGGGAGGCCUGCGGACUGCCUUCCUGCUGUGCUGACUCCCAUCAAGUCCCCAUUUGCCCCUGUGAUGGGCCGGCACCCCUCCACACA